GCAAUUUAGGGUAAGUACCUCGCUCAAGGGUACUACGUCAGUAGGGGGAGAUUCGAACCGACGACCUUCAGGUCCCAAAAAGCCACUCCACUGUCAGCUACUCCAGCGCAAGGCCUUGUCUUGGGGGAAGUCUAUUCUACUUACCUCCCCCACCCCACCUGGUCCUAAUUUCUAUAAAUAAUGCCGGUGUUACUUUGGCCCACGAUGAGGUGCAGAGAGGAAGCUGAGACCCACAAUGCUGGAUGACCAGCUGCCCCCACAAGAGCCGUGACCCUCUAUAAAUAACCUGGCAGCUGCACUGCGCCCUGAUUGUGUUUCACGCAGCCCCGAUUCCCACCGCACGCAGCGCUUCGGCCAGAGCUCCAAACAACGUUGCCCAUGAUCACGGUCCUCGAAGGGGAAUGGCCCAGAGCACCCCGCGAUCGGAGGCGGACCGCCGGCUCAAGACCCGCUUCCUGCAGGCGCUGCAGCGUGACGACGCUGACGAGGUGCGCAGGAUCUUGCACGCCACCAGCCUGGAUGUUGAAACCGUGCUCGACGUGGAGGACCAGAGCAUGAUCCUGGCGUCAUACAAGCAAGGCUACUGGUUGCCGGGACACAAGCUGGAGAGCUCCUGGGCCACGGGCCUGCACGUGUGCGUCAUGUAUGACUCUAUUGCCAGCGCCCUGGUGCUGCUGGAGAAGGGAGCUGCUGUCAACCGCAAGCCCAACGGCAAGACCCCCCUGCACGUAGCCUGCGAGGUCGGCAACAGUAACUUUGUGGCCCUGCUCCUCAACCACGGGGCGAGGAUCAACAGCGUCUCCCUCAGCGGUCACACUGCGCUGCACCAUUGCAUCACGGGGGAGUCUGUAGACUGCGCCAAGCAGCUCAUCCUAAAAGGGGUGCAGGUGGACAAGCGCAGCGACAACAAUGACAUGGAGACACCUCUCCACACGGUGGCCCGCUGUGGCAUCCCCGAGCUGGUGGCCCUGUAUGUGGCCCACGGUGCGAACGUGGAUGCGGCCAACGCACAUCAGGAGACCCCGCUCAUCACCGCUGCCUUCUGGGCGCUGAGCAUGCGCGAGCAAGAGUACAGCACUAACCACCACCUGGUGUGCCGCCUGCUGCUGGACCACGGAGCCAACGUGAACCUGCAGGAGGAGGACAACAAGACCGCGCUGCACAAGGCAGCCUGGAACUGCGACCAUGUGCUGAUGCAGAUGCUCCUGGAGGCGGACGCUGACGCCCGUGCCAUGGACAUCAACGGUUGCUCACCCAUCCAGUACGUGCUGAAGGUGACCCCAGUGAGGCCAGCUGGGGUCCCUGAGAUCUGCUACCAGCUGCUGCUCAACCACGGUGCUGCUAGGAUUUACCCCCCACAGUUUCACAAGGUGCUGCAGUCCUGCCACCAGUUCCCCAGGGCAGUGGAGGUGAUGGUGAACUCGUACGAGCACAUCAAGUGCACAAGGAAGUGGAGGACUGCCAUUCCAGACAUUGUAUACAAGCAACACCGGGAGUUUUACGACUCUCUGUUCGCGGCGUGCACAAACAGCCCCCGCACCCUGCUGCACCUGGCCAGGUGUGCGAUCCGUGCGCAGAUGAGGAACAGGUGCCACGGCGGCAUCCAAAACCUGCCCGUUCCUCUGUCCAUCCAAAGGUACCUGCUGUUGGAACCCGUAGGAGUCAUUUACUGAUGCGAUGUGACUUGGACCUGCAAAACUUGACAUUUCUCAACAGCUGUUAUUAGAUAUGGGAGUUUGAGGAAAAAAAAGAAGACGUGUUCCCUGCUUUGUAUUAUAGCUAUGAAUUGCACAUUGGCUCUGAAAAGAAAUACCUAUAAGAAGAAAGGGACCACGGCAGAGGAACUGUGUAGGUGUCAAGGAACUGGUCUUGUCGUGAAUUGGUUUAGUUUCAGGUUUCAGGAAGAACUUUGCUGUUUUUCACUAAGAAGAUGCCGGAACGACUUGAGUAAAAUACCUGCGGCGCGAUGGGUGAAACUGCAAAAUCUGCAUGUUC